CCAAGGCCUUGCCCCACCCAGCCUCAGAGCCCUACUGUGAGGUCAGCGCCUUCCGGCGAGUUCCGUCUGGAGGUGUGCAGUGGCCGGGGGCUGGACAUGGCCCCCUGUCCCCAGCCUGUCCCCUGCCUGGUCGGCAGUCCCCUGGGCCUGAUAUGUCUAUCCUUUCUGCUCAUCCCUGCUGCAGCUGGAAACUACUGUGAGUGCAGCCUGGGCCUCAGCCGCGAGGCCCUCGUUGCCCUGAUCGCGCUCCUGGCAGGCGUCAGCGCCAGCUGCUUCUGUGCCCUGGUCAUCGUGGCGGUCGGCAUCCUGCGAGCCAAGAAGUGCGCGAGGCCGGGCCGGGCCUGUGAGCCCCCAUGCCCUGGACGCAUGGACAACAGGGUGGUGGGGCACUUCGGGGUCCAGGAGGACCGCAUGGACCUGCACACGGUGCAUGUGGAGUCGCACCUCAUGGACCCCGACCUGGAGGCCUCCACGAUGCCACCGCUGGAGGACCACAGCCUCUUGACCAUGGAGGCUUCGCUGGAGGAGCCUCCACCCCCACCCCCACCCCCUGAGUAGGGCCAAGCCUACUGGGGC